GUUCUUAACCCAUUCUAUGUGUUUCAAGUGUUUAGCCUUGCCCUGUGGAUUUCUGAUAAUUAUUAUUAUUAUGCUGGCUGUAUAAUUGUGAUCUCCAUGAUCUCUAUCAGUGUUUCACUUUAUGAAACUCGAAAGCAAAGCAUCACUCUUCGGGACAUGGCCCUGUUUGUUACAGGCGUCAAAAUACACAGAGAAUCAGGAGAGGAAGACUGUGUGAGCUCGGUGGAGCUGGUCCCGGGCGACUGUUUAAUUAUCCCUCAGGAGGGUCUGCUGCUGCCCUGUGACGCCGCCCUGCUGGCCGGGGAAUGUCUCGUCAACGAGAGCAUGCUCACAG